CACGAUAUCAUUGUGACAGUUCGCUCAAAUGCCAAGGGAAAUUUUGUGGUCGAGACCUUCCAAUCUCUUGGAACUCUUUCUUUUGUCAUUAUCGAAUAUAACAUUCCCGAAAGCGUUCAACGAGGCUGGACAUCCUCGCCAAGUUUUAAGGCAGUAAUUAAUUCAGCAUCACCAUUUUACACAAAUACCAUCGAUCCAUGGUGGGAUCUGCUUGACCCUGAUCACAGGAACAACCAGUGGUCUCUAUACCGCCAAGUCAUAUGCGCCGUAAGUCUGUCGUAGUGGUUACUUCAUCUAUAGGCGCCAUGAUCAAUUUCUCGUCGUCUCAAACAAUAUGAUGCUAGACCAUGGAUCCUGACCACUUAUGGAGACGUCAUCGAGAAUUUUGCAUUGAAGUACAAUGCGAGUGAGAGAGUUGCCGAACUUGCGGAUCGGGAUUUAAUAGCUUCCGAGGAGUCAAACUUCACACUCGCUAGUGUUGCUACGCCAUUUGUUUUUGGGCCUCUU